CGAUCAUCGCUCGUCCUUCUUCUCUACGGUCCGCGCAACGUUUCCGGGAUGCACCAAUCGCUUGAAUUUUGCAGAGAUCGGAGCUUCGAUUCAUGAAUUUAUGAUGGAUUUCUGUUGACAAUGUCUCGAAAUCCGUGAAGAAUCUUCGUUAUACCGUUUCGUUUCGGCGAGAAUCAGAAUCCCCGAGUCGUGUCGCGAUUUCGAGAUUCGGCGAGGAGUGAAUUCGAUUUGAACGUUUUCUUCUUCCGAUUCGUGGAAGAUCAGAGAUGGCGGCGGGUGCAAUGGUGACCGCCACGGGAGCAGUGGUGGUUCUGUACUUACUGAGCCGGCGGAUCGUUUGGGCGAGAGAUGGGGAAGAUGAUUCAGGAGGUGAGUUGGGUAAGUCGGGGAGAUCCGGAAGGAGGAGGAUCGUGAGGAGGCCGGCUCAGGCUCCGGCGACUUGGCUUGAGACUAUUUCAACUUUAUCGGAGACGUUACGGUUUACGUAUUCAGAGACUCUGGGCAAAUGGCCCAUCGCCGAUCUGGCCUUUGGUAUUAACUAUUUGAUGCGUAGGCAGAUUAUGCAGCCUGCCUUUACGAUCAUACGUGAUACCAAUUCGAAAUGUUUCCUGUUAUUGAUCCGCGGCACUCAUAGCAUUAAAGAUACAUUAACAGCAGCAACUGGUGCAGUGGUCCCUUUCCAUCACUCGGUCUUGCAUGAUGGUGGACUAAGCAACUUAGUUUUAGGUUAUGCACAUUGCGGAAUGGUUGCUGCAGCUCGGUGGAUUGCUAAACUUAGUGUUCCUUGCCUCAUCAAGGCCCUAGAUGAGAAUCCUAGCUAUAAGGUUCAGAUUGUGGGUCAUUCCCUUGGGGGUGGGACGGCUGCACUUUUAACCUAUAUUCUUCGGGAGCAAAAAGAGUUUGCCUCGGCUACUUGCUUCACUUUUGCACCAGCUGCUUGUAUGACUUGGGAUUUAGCAGAAUCAGGCAAGCACUUCAUUACUACUAUUAUCAAUGGAUCUGAUUUGGUACCAACAUUCUCUGCAGCCUCUGUCGAUGACCUUCGUUCUGAGGUCACAGCAUCCUCAUGGUCAAACGACCUGCGUGAUCAAGUCGAGCACACCAGGGUUCUUAGUGUUGUUUAUCGGUCUGCAACUGCUAUAGGAUCUCGGUUGCCCUCUAUAGCCAGCGCCAAAGCAAAAGUGGCUGGUGCUGGUGCGAUUCUGCGGCCUGUCUCAAGCGGCACUCAGGUGAUGCUAAAGCGUGCACAGGACGUAGCGCAAGCCGUUGUGCAGACUCGUUCAACUAUCUCUUCAUGGUCUUGCAUAGGACCGCGUCGCCGAGCAAUUAGCUCUCAGCUUAACUCUAAAGUCACAGACUUGCCAGAAGCUUCCGCUAUUAUCCCUGAAAGAAGAAGCACUGAAGCUCUACUUGCUGAAACCGUAGUGAUAGGCCGAAAGGGCCACAAGAAAGCAGAGCAUUGUUCUUCAAGCAGCAGCGAAUCUGAUCGCGAUGAAUCAGAUGAAGGAGAAGAAGAAGAAGAGCCGUUGAUCUCAAUCGACCAAGUCAUCACUGAAACAUCGUCAAUAGAAGAAGACGUGACAGAAGGUGAGCUGUGGGACGAACUGGACAAAGAGCUGACUCGACAGGAGAAGGAAAGGGACAGCGAAGCCAUCGAAGAAGAAGCAGCGGCAGCAAAGGAGAUAACGGAGGAAGAGACAGUCAUUACCGGCGGCGGCGAGUCGUCCACGGGACAGGACCAGAGUCCGGUUUCAGCAUCGUCAACGGACUUUAUAGAGAGCCAGCGGUUCUACCCGCCGGGUAAGAUAAUGCACAUAGUGUCGGUGACCGAGACCGAGUCUGAAACAGAGCGUGACGAGGUAAUGGUGGUGGGGACGACAACGACGACGGUGGAGCGUGUGAGAUUGUAUGAGACGCCAAGAGAAUUGUACAGAAAGAUGAGGCUAUCGAGAAGAAUGAUUAACGAUCAUUAUAUGCCAAUGUAUAAAAAGAUGAUGGAACUAUUGAUCACUGAGCUCGAGUGUGACACACACUCUUCAUGAGCUUCUCACCUUGAUCAUCAAAUGUACAUUAUACAUUUAUACAUAUUUAUAUAUACAGAGUUUACAUGCUAUUUUAAUCCAAUUGUUUUUGAAAAAUCCAUACUAAAUAGUUACUAAUGUGAACAUUCUAUGAAAAUUCCGUACUAAAUUGUUA